UGGUUGCAGGCAUGCUUGUAGUUAAGAAAAUGGAGGAGGGUCAAAUAGAAAACCUGCCUGAUAUAGUCCUCCAUGACAUCCUGUCAAGGUUGCCAGAGAAAGAUGCUGCUAGGACAAGUGUUUUGUCCAAGAAGUGGGCGGAAAUAUGGUCUACGUUUCCCAUCUUGUCUUUUACUGACACUGAAAUUAUAGAGAAGUUUCCGCACUCCAGGAAGGACGAUCUUGUGGGGGGGAAAAAGAAGUUCAUUAAUCGUGUGAAUGAAACGUUUCUAAGGUUCCGUAACAAGGGCUUAGUAAUCAAAGAAUUUAAGCUUAGUAUCAAUUGUUUUGACCUUGAGGACCUCUCUAAGGAUAUUGAUCAUUGGAUGAAGUUGGCUAGUGAAAGUGGUGUUGGGGUACUGGAACUUUGCUUGCAUGAUGAAUUUGAGGACGACCAAUGCUAUAUCUUGCCAACUGGUAUCAUUGAAGCCGAAUCACUUUAUAAGUUAGUGUUGAUGGGGAGAAUCGGAGUUGAUCAAGCAUUCCUAAAUCAUUCCGUAAAGUUUCUCUCGUUGCGAGUAUUGUCGUUGUGGUUUAUCUUUUCGAGAGAUGAACAAGUGAUUGAGCAUCUCAUUUCUUGUUGUCCUUUGAUUGAAGAUAUAACUUUGCACGUCUGUUAUGCAAUGAACCAUGGUGGCUUAGAUGGUCCACUUAAGUACGAUACCUCUUGGAAGCAAUCUAUAAGCAUGCUUGGUCUGCCAAAGCUCAAGAAAGUUGAAGUUCUAGGAAUACAGAAGGUUGUCAUUGAUGCUCCAAGUCUAGAGGAUUUCCAUUUUAGUCCUGGUGCUGUGGAUGAACCUUUUGAGAUGAGUUUUGGCAAGUGCAGAAAUUUGAGAAGGUUAUACUUGUCGUCAUUGGAUAGCCUUAUUAUCACAGACAAUUGGUUUCUUGAUCUGUUUCCUAAAUUUCCAUUCCUCGAUAGUUUGAAAUUCAGCUUUUGCAAAAUGUCUGAGACGAUUAAUAUUUCAAGUGCUCAACUCAAGGUCUUGGAGUUAUCAAAUUGCUCCAACUUGAAGGAGGUCAACAUUGAUGCUCCAAAUUUAUUGUCAUGUGAAUAUAGUGGUGGUGGUGCCUCAAAACCCAUUAUAUCUUUUCUGAACAGUUCUAGUAAUCUGGAAGUCAAAGCUUUUAUCGAGAUUGAUUUUAUGGAGGUUGGUAACUUGAGGGAAAUCAUCCAAAACUUCAAACCUCAAAAUAUUUUGGCGUCGCUAUCCCUAUUUAUUCAGCCGCCAAUUGUAGAUGAAUUGAACUUAGAUAUCUUGCCAGUUUCGUCCACUCCACCAAGCAUCAAACAUUUGUACCUGUGGGUUGUUCUGGAAAAUGAAACUUUGUUUAUGCAUCUUGUCAAUAGUUUACUUUCCUGUUGCUGCCCUGUAACUAUUUCGUUGUGUGGCUAUACUUUGAGCUUCAGCAGAGCAUUCAUUGAGUUUUUCUAUGAGACGCUAAUGGGCAGAAAAGAGGAAGAGUGUUUUUGCGGUUAUGGUCAUACUAAGUGUUGGUGGCAUGGCUUGAAGGAUGUUAAAGUCUCAAGCUCUAGGAAAAGCGAAGAGAGUAUUGAUUUUAAGACCCUGUUUGAUGCAUUGCCAACUUUUUUACCCGGGGAAAAUAUUAUCUUUAGGUUAGAAUGGUAAUAUUGUUAUCAAGUGAUAGACUGCUUACUUGUGUAGUAGUUUGGUGGUGUUACAAAAUAAGAUGAACAUUCUUCUUGUCUAUUUGUAAAUUCAACCAAAGUGUUUGUAUGCAAGCCAUGAAACUGGUUGAAAUAUAUAGAUUCCCCUGUUGGGUUGCCAUUUGUGCUAAUAUGUCUUUAAUCCUUAUAAAA